AUGAACGUGAUUCUCCGCUACAUCUUAUCGAACUUCUACAGACUUCUUAUUUCUUCGUUCCUUUUCAACUUUUCCGCUUAUUUCUUAUGGACCGUGAUACCUUUACGUGCCAAUGAUUUGGGUGCCAGUUCACUUGAAUUAGCGAUUAUACAAGCUGUCUCUUACGGGUUAGGUGCUUUUUUCUCUCCGUUUGCUGGAAAGUUGACUGAUUUGAUCAACCCUUACUUGUUAUUUAGAAUCGCCGAUGUGUUUUUCAUAACAUGUGUCGUCCUUGUGAUGGUAUUAAAUACACAAGUGUGGCAUUUGUACAUUGAUGUAUGUUUCUACUCGGUAGGUUCUGGUUUGUUUUGGCCUGUUGUUGGUUCGACUGUCGGGAAAGAAGCUCCAAUUGGAAAAGAGAACAUGCACAGUUCUCUUUACUCUGUUUUUUGGAGUUUUGGGAAGGCGUUGGGGUAUUUGUUUGGUGGGUUGUUGAAGAAGGCGUUAGGAGACAAUGCGCUAUGGGUCGCGAUUGCUUGUAGUGGUGUUUUAUUAAUCAUAUACCCCUAUUGUCUUCCGCCCGAAGUCCGUGAGCGGAUCAAGAAGAAAAAAGAGAGUGAGCAACGCUUAGAAGACAUUAAAGUGACAGUCAUGCACACUGAAAAGAAGGGAGAAGAGAAGGAGGACACUGAAAUGAAAGAUGUUAAAGAAGAAAAAGACGAGAAGGAAGAGAAAAAGGGGAGUGAGAACGACAUUGAAAUUCCUCUUGAUAUGGUCGACGAUUUAGAGAAGCAGACGGGUGUUGAUAUCAAUGCGGCCAAAGCGGAAAACGUUGAAGGACAUGAUUUGGAUGAAGUUGUUGUUGCCGAUCCAAAGGUGAUUAAGUACAAGUGGAACCAAUUCCAAUUGAAGAACAAGACGUAUAUCUACCUUGGCUACAUCUUGAACUUUUCAAUUGUCGGAAGUGCGUCCGUCUUGUCCAAUCAAUACAUCAAGCUCAUCAAAGAGAAGGAUAUUCGUGUCAACUUGCCUCUUGCUGCUCCAAAUGAUAUGUACCUUGGUCUCUUUUUCUUUGUGUUUUACUUUGCACAGACCAUUGCGAUGAUAGUCAUGUCACUCACAACAGUUUGGACGUAUCGCCGUUCACUCUUUUUGAUAGGCCAAGCGACUGUCAUGUUGUUGUUUAUUGUCGUUGCGAUAUCGGACCAAGUGUGGUUAUUACUCACUUUAAGUUUUUUGAGUGGGUUAGUUGCAGGGUUUGCCUAUCAGACGUCCACCUAUUACUCUCUGCGUGCGAGUGAGCAAAAGAAGGGAUUCUUUGUUGGUAUCUCUGAAGGCACUGCCAAGCUUGGUAUGGCCUUUUUGCCGCUCAUAGCUGGUACAAUGGCAACAGCUCUUGACAAUUUGUAUGUGCCAGUGUACAUUGGUAUUAUUAUUGUUCUCUUCUGUACAAUCCUCUGUGAAAUCGUGUACCACGUAGGUUACGUUAUCAACGUACGUCGACAAGCAAAACGACAAGACCCAAAGGAACACGAUUUUGGUAUUGAGAUGUCAAAGGACACAGACUUUGACAACGAAACCGAUGCUAAAAGUGGGAUGGGCUCAGCUCGACAAUCCGUUGGCAUUCGCUCAAAAAGUGAGUUUGGGGAACAAACUCCUGAGAAACGGGAGAGUGACGAUAAAGUCUCCGAGAAGAUGGGAGACGACGAACAACAUGAUGACUGA